GUCUCGGGUUCAACCAGCAACUCUGAUGGCAGUUCGAAAAGACCGACUUGCAUUAUCCAGGGCUCUCUUCCCCAUUUUACACUUCUAUUUUAUUUUCUCUAUGCAACUCAUCACUCGCAUUCACCUUGCAUCGAAACCCACGUUGGGUCGGCAUCACCCCUUCAAUCAAUUGCGAGCGCCGAGCCCCGAUGCCCGGUGGGGGACUUUGAGAUUAUUCGCUUGAGAGCUUCCUGAGCUGUCCCUUCGAACCCGCCGAUUUUUUUUUUAUUUUUUUUUCCCAAGGUUGAGCGAGACCAAGACCACCUGUUUCAGCCAACCAUUCGAAGGAACAGAACCAUUACAUUCCAACACCAGCUACCGAUUUCCCGAAUUGCAAAACCACAUUCCAGACGGCCGGAGAAAGACGAAGCGAACCUCGAACGAUAACCAAAUCAUGGGGUUCUUCGACUUUGACGGCGGGAGCGUCCUCUCCACCCGCUCUUCCCACUCGCACCGCAAGUCCAAGUCGUCCAAGCCCAAGCGGCAUCGCGGCGAACGGGGUCGCUCGCCUCGUAGCCGGUCCACCUCGGUCGGGCGGCGCAGCGUCUUUGCGGGGGGGUCGGUGUUCGGGGGCGAGGAGUACGAGAAGGGAAACGCCUCGCGGUCCAGUUUCUUCGGGAUCCCGAAUGCCAGUCGGUCGAGCUUCUUUGGUUUCAGCCGGCCGUCCUACUACAAACGCUCCCCGCGGCAAGGAUACCUCCACAAGGCGAAGAAGAUCGUGCGGCGACUGUGGCGCGACCUCGGGCGCUACGCCAAGGAACACCCCAUCAAGGUGAUCAUGCUGGUCCUGAUGCCGCUCAUCACGGGUGGGUUCCUGACCACGCUGCUGGCCAAGUUCGGCCUGCGGUUGCCCAAGACCGUGGAGCGGCUGAUCGGCGUGGGCGCCCGCGCGGCCUCGGGCGAUAGCCUGGGGUUCAUGAGCGAGGCGGUCCGGUUCGCGGGCGAUUCGUUUGGGGGGAAGAGCAACGCUGCUGCCGGGGCGAGGAGCGUGAGCGUCGAGAGGGGUCGGGAUGGCGGGUUGCAGUGGGAGCGACGGCGGGAGGAGAAGGAUUUCGAUUGGGGGAAUACUUUUAGCGAGGUGGCUAGGUAUUUCAGGUGAGUGUGUGAGAGCGUGUGGUUUGCUGGAAUGGAGGCAAUUUUGCGUCAUGGCGAUACUUAUUGCACUUCCACAAAAGACUGGACGAAGGAGGGUUUCGCAAAAGACAAGGUAAUGAAUGACGACGAGAAACGCGAAAAUAAUUACCAUAGAACUCCGAUUCAAUUUGGGUAUUUUACUAUCGCGCCCCUUUAUGAUAUUUC